GAAGAAGUAGAGGGAGUUGGUUUGUUCAUCAUACACAGGCGUGCAGUUCUAUUCAACCAGGUUUAACCCAGCGAUAAUUGAUGCUGAGCCUGAUUAAAUUAGUGCUCAGUACAGUUUCCGUAAUCCUAACCCCGGCAUCACUUGAAACCUGGGUUCAAAAUAUUGAGGCUGGGCAUCAACUCAUUUACAUAAUCAAGGCCCACUGCAGUACUCGGAACGUUCAUUUUCCUGCUCUUUUCCAAAUUUUUCAAAUCUUUUAUUGGACUGAAUCAUUACUUAGUAUCUACAUACAAUGCAACACAAUAAAGCAUGUAUCUGAGAAUGAAACUUAAAAUUUAAGACACACUGACCUGGGAACCAAUUAAUUGGACGGGUGAAAAAAAAACAAAAAAUCGCUUGGUGAAUCUUGGGAAGGGGAUGUUUUGAUGUACCCGAAGCAUGUGGUGUUGAAGUAGGCAGUUGAGGCAGUUUUGCAGAGUUAAUGGCGGCA